CUCUCCUCGGGAUCCUGCUCUGAGCUGGAGGCCAGGGAGGAGGAGUUGGGAGAUUUUAGGAGAGUUGAGGAAUCACGUGCCCCCUCCUCUUUCUCUACCAGCGUUUUUUUCUGUUUGUCUUCUUCUUGCCUGGUCUUUGUUUGAGAGAGAGAGAGAGAGAGGCAGAGGAAGACAGAGUGUGCGUCUUUGUGUAUCUUGCAUCUUGGGACUGAGAGGGAGAGGUUUCCGGACUUUGGAGUCGGUUUUCGAAGAGUUUGGAGCAAGGCCAUUUAUUGAUUCAGUUUUAUGUGUUUUUGUGCUGAAGGUCUCACUCUUCCACAAUGAGUUGGUCCUUCCUGACGAGACUCCUCGAGGAGAUCCAUAAUCACUCCACGUUUGUUGGCAAGGUCUGGCUGACCGUCCUCAUUGUCUUCCGCAUUGUUUUGUUGGCAGUUGGUGGUGAGCCUAUCUACCAUGAUGAACAAAGCAAGUUCACAUGUAACACUCAGCAACCAGGUUGUGAGAAUGUUUGCUACAAUUCCUUUGCACCCCUGUCCCACGUCCGGUUCUGGGUCUUCCAGAUCAUCAUGAUCUCAGUGCCAUCCGUCAUGUACCUUGGCUAUGCCAUACACCGGAUAGCCCGGAUGGAGGGUGCCCAGCCAAAACCCAAGAGAAAAAUACCCAUUGUGCAUCGGGGAGCUGCCCGGGAUUAUGAGGAGGCAGAGGGUGAUGACGAGGAGGACCCCAUGGUCUGCGAGGAGAUUGAGCAUGAACCCGAGACUGAGGCUGACAAGAAAACUCCUGAGAAGAAGCCACAUGAUGGCAGGAGGCGUAUCAAGGAAGAUGGACUUAUGAAGAUGUACGUCUUCCAGCUCCUGAUGAGAACUUUGUUUGAAAUGGGUUUCCUGGCUGGCCAAUACUUUCUGUACGGGUUUGAGGUGCUUCCUGGCUUUGUGUGCAGUACGAUUCCUUGUCCAUACACCGUCGACUGUUUUGUGUCACGUCCCACAGAGAAAACCAUCUUCCUGUUGAUCAUGUAUGUGGUCAGUAGUCUCUGCUUAUUGCUCAACUUUGCCGAGCUCUUCCACCUUGGCCUCGGUGGCAUCAGGGAUGGCUUGAGGGGCAGGCGGCAGGCCUCCCGUUCCCAUCGCCCCUCCAAGAGUACCCCUUACGCCCCUCCGGGCUACCACUCUGUGCUUCGCAAGGACAAGACCAAGCUGGGCAAUGGGAAUGUGCCGUACCGGGACAACCUUGGUGGACUAGGGCCAGGUAACUUUGAGAUGUCCGAGGCAGUUCACCGACACUUAAAGCUCGCACAGGAGCAGCUGAACAUGGCGUAUCGGGCAUCAGGAGAGCUCCCUCACCAACCGAGGAGUGGCAGCCCUGAGUCAAAUGGCACAGCUGUUGAGCAGAACCGACUGAACUUUGCUCAGGAGAGGGAUGGUGCCUGUGCUGACAAAGCAGGUCUGCGUGGGUGACGCGGAUGGAACGGGCUCUUCAACCUUGAGAUUUGGAGAGAGUCAACGCUUGAAGCAACUAAGGGACCUCGACUGGAAAGAUUCACAUUUCAUUCUCACUCUUUCGGCUUUAACAUCACCAACUUGUAAAACUACUGGAAUGAGCCGGAUUGGGAGGGGACACUGGAUUUAGGGCUGGGUGGGAGGGCAGGGUGACAGGGAUUAGGGUGAAGUUUAGACAAACUGGACAGGUGUUGAGAAUUUUAAAACCAGCCAAUUGGCUUAUACAGCUUGGUGCUGUUUUGUUUGAUAUUCCAGAACAUUCCGAAUCAAGUCCAGUAAUUGUUGGACCAACUGUAGGGUCUAAGACUUAUCUUGUAGUGCUUGAGGCACUGAGAGCCAGGUUUCAUAAUUGAAAGGGAGACCCCUUGCUGGAGACUGGGGAAGGAGCUGAGGGGCUGACCCUCUCCUUAAGCAAUACAAUCAGGUACAAUCCAACAGAACUGGCUUAGCCAGGUAGCAUGUGUAGUUUUUUUAUUUUCAUUAUUGAAUUCAUCAUUCAUUCUGUUUCUCUGGUCUUGGGUUAGUUUAAUUCUUCAUGAAAUCUUUACUUUUUUUGUUGUUGGGUUUAGGCAAUUUUUAAAAAAAUAAUCUGUAGUGAUAGGACAAUUAAUGACAAAUUGUUUUGUUUACAAUCUUAGAACAUUCCAGAACAUUGAGCGAGAGCAACAAUGAACACAGUUACUUUUGUUGAUGAUUUUAUUUCUUCCUUUUGGUACUUUUGAUAAAAUGUUUUGCUUCAUUUGUGACUAUUUCACUAGUUUAGGCCAAUUGGGCCUUCCUCAGCCUUGAAUUAUCUCCAGCUUACCAAGUGGUUCCACUAAUUUUUUGGGGAGUAUGUGUGUGAGUUUUUCCCUUUUCAUCUCACAACUUAAUUCUUGUUGAAGCUAAUAUUCUUCCUUGUUUUCUAAACACAAAUCUUCAGCUGCUCAGUGGCUCUGAAAUUAUAGGAGACCAUUCAGUCAUACAAGCCCAUUCUACCAUUUAUCUAGAGGGUUGUAUCUUAAAGAUACUUUGGUUCCCUUUCACAGCUGAAAUCAAACAAUUUUCCAAUUGAAGCAUUGAAAUUGGAGCAAGUGGAGGCCAUUUGACCUUUUGAGCCUGUUUUUCUUAUUCAUUGGAUGUGGAUUUUUCUGGUUAGGCCAGCAUUUAUUAUCCCAGAGAGCAGUUAAGA